UAAACAAUUCCCCCAAAGAGGCUGACGAGGAUGUUUUCUCUCGCCUUGGGCAGCCUAGGAUGGGGGGCACAGCACCCCGGAAACGACUCUGCCUCCCCAUCCCCACGUGCAGACAGCACAGGGGACGAGGGAUAUAAAGCACCGCGGAGCCGCCUUAGCUCCCAUGCUGGGCGAGCUGGCAGUAGGCAGGAUGCGAGGCGGCUGCGUGGUGCUGGGGCUCCUGUGCUGCUUGGUGGCCGGGGUGGGCUCCUACACACCCUGGGACCUCUCCUGGACAGCACGAGGGGAUCCCUCUGCCUGGUCCUGGGGGACCGAGGCGCACUCACGGGCCGUGGCCGGCUCGCACCCGGUGGCCGUGCAGUGCCAAGAGGCGCAGCUGGUGGUGACGGUGCACAGGGACCUCUUCGGCACCGGGCGUCUCAUCAACGCUGCCGACCUGACUCUGGGCCCAGCUGCCUGCAAGCACUCCUCGCUCAACGCCGCACACAACACCGUUACCUUCGCCGCUGGCCUCCACGAGUGUGGCAGCGUCGUGCAGGUGACGCCAGAUGCCCUCAUCUACCGCACGCUCAUCAACUACGACCCCAGCCCUGCCAGCAACCCUGUCAUCAUCCGCACCAACCCUGCUGUCAUCCCCAUCGAGUGCCACUACCCCAGGAGGGAGAACGUGAGCAGCAAUGCCAUCCGGCCCACCUGGUCCCCCUUCAACUCUGCGCUGUCAGCUGAGGAGAGGCUGGUGUUCUCCCUGCGCCUCAUGAGCGAUGACUGGAGCACAGAGAGACCCUUCACCGGCUUCCAGCUGGGCGACAUCCUCAACAUCCAGGCUGAGGUCAGCACUGAGAGCCACGUGCCCCUGCGGCUCUUUGUGGACAGCUGCGUGGCUGCCCUGAGCCCCGACGGUGACUCCUCACCCCACUACGCCAUCAUUGACUUCAACGGGUGCUUAGUGGAUGGGAGGGUGGAUGACACCAGCUCUGCCUUCAUCACACCCCGGCCGCGGGAGGAUGUGCUGCGGUUCAGGAUCGAUGUCUUCAGGUUUGCGGGGGACACCAGGAACCUGAUCUACAUCACCUGCCACCUGAAGGUGACCCCAGCAGACCAAGGCCCAGACCCCCAGAACAAGGCUUGCUCUUUCAAUAAGGCCAGAAACACCUGGGUGCCAGUGGAAGGCAGCCGGGAUGUCUGCAGCUGCUGUGAGACGGGCAACUGUGAGCUGCCUGCUCUCUCCCGGAGGCUCAACCCCAUGGAGCGAUGGCACGGCCGCCGCUUCCGCCGUGAUGCCGGGAAAGAGGUUGCAGCUGAUGUGGUCAUUGGCCCCGUGCUGCUUUUGGCGGACCCGGGAGCCGUGGGACAGCUGCAGGAGGAUGGUGAUGGUGAAGCGGUGACGGUGCCCAGCGUGGAGACGGGGCUGGUGUGCGUGGCUGUGGCUGUAGCGCUGGCUGCCGUUGGGGUGGCUGUGGGUAUUGCACGUAAGGGCUGCACCCGAACCUCAGCUGCGGCAUGAGUGCAGGGCGAGCCGUGAAUAAAGCCUGGAAAAGAGAAACUGUGUCGUGCUGUCCCUUUGUGCCGUUGUGGCUCUGGGGUAGCAGAGUCCCCAGCUCCUCGACCACCUCCACCACUUGGGUUCAGGGUUGGGGGUUACACUGCAAUUGGGCUAGAGCACUGCCAGCAGUGGGAUGCCCCAGGAGGUCUUCAGGUGCCCCUGGU